UGUGUUUUCGUCAUCGAUAAUUCUGUAUUUAUUUUAAAAGUAUACGAUUGCUUACGAUGAAAAGCUGUUAACGUGUCCUUUAUUAAUAACUUGAUAUUUUUUUAAUUUACCGCGUGUACCUUGUUCAUUAUAAUCAAUCAAUUUAAAAAAUGUGGCAUAAAUUAAAAUCACGCUAUAAUAUUACUAGCAUUUUAUUUAUUGCACAAAUCACGCAAAAACUACUAGCAUUUUAAUCAUUAACUUAGAUUCCCUUCCUCAAUUUCACGCGCCGGAGACGCCCAUUCUCUGAGCUAUGGAAAUUAUUCCAGAACGGUCUUUAUGACGCCUUCCACAAAGUAUUUCAUUUCCUCACCUCAAGGAAGAGACAGUGCAAGACUGGCUGCGCGGAGCUGCGUUAACUGUGCCUGUCGUGCUGGUCGACCUGUGGUUGUGGUUCGGAGAACCGGGAGAGAGGGACUAGGAAAACACGACGGAAUUGACGAUUGCAGCUCGAGUUGAAGAGAGCCCUACGUACGCAGCCCAAGAGCGGAAAGAAACCGUGAAGUUGGCCGGUUUCAUUUUGUCGUGUUCACAAGCUUUAAUUUGUACAGGUCGACAUGGGCGUUGAAGUAGAUACCAUUUCUCCCGGCGAUGGGCAAACCUAUCCCAAAACAGGACAGACUGUUGUAGUACAUUACACAGGGAUUCUAGAAAAUGGUGUAAAAUUUGACUCGUCUAGAGAUAGAAAUUCCCCAUUCAAAUUUCGUUUAGGCAAAGGAGAAGUGAUAAAAGGAUGGGACCAAGGGGUUGCACAAGUGAGUACCAUUAUGUGUGUGGGUCAACGUGCUCGCUUGAUAUGUUCACCUGAUUAUGCUUAUGGCUCCCGUGGACAUCCUGGAAUAUAUCCUUUUAUAUCUUGA